AUGGAUCAACAUCCAGAAAAGAAUCCUCUGCUGGUUCUCCCAACAACCAAUGACGAAACGAAAAACAGAACAAACCGUUCCUUGGACGACACCAUAGAAGUUUGGCUUGGAAGGUUUAGUUGGGCACAGUUCCUACAGGCCACCCUUGCUAAUUUGGCAUGGGUAUUCGACGCCCAUCAAACCUUCAUCACCGUGUUUACCGACCUCGUGCCCACUUGGCACUGCAAUGACACCUCAUCGUCACUCUGCAAUAAUGUCUGUGAGCUUCCGAAGGAGGCGUGGGCGUGGGACGCGCCGCCGCAGACCUCCGUGGUUUCGGAGUGGGGCCUACAGUGUGCCGGGGCGGUCAUCACCGGCCUGCCGGCCACCUCGUACUUCCUCGGCUGCCUGGUCGGCGGGCUCGCGCUGUCCACGUUCGCCGACGCCUCGAUUGGGCGGAAGAAAAUGCUGGCCUUCUCGUGCCUCGUCAUGAACGUGGCCGCCGUGCUCACCGCGGCCGCCCCCAACGUGUGGGUCUACUCGUCGUUGAGGUUCCUGACGGGGUUCGCGCGGGCCACCAUCGGGACCUGCGCGCUGGUUUUGUCGACCGAGAUUGUAGGGAGGCGGUGGCGGGGACAGGUCGGGAUCAUCGGAUUCGUGUGUUUCACUUUCGGGUUCCUCUCUUUGCCGGGCAUGGCGUAUUUCAAUUCCGGGUCUUCCUGGAGAUAUCUCUACCUCUGGACCGGCAUCCCCGGGAUCAUAUACUCUGUUAUUGUCUACCUCGUGGCUCCAGAAUCUCCGAGGUGGCUUUAUGUGCGAGGAAAAAUCCAAGAUUUUGUCGAAACAAUCAAAACCCUGGCACCCCCGGAGACCCGCAACACCAUCUUUCUAGACAACCAAGAUCAAGUCCUUGAAUUGGAUGAGCAAAUGGAUUUAUACUCUGCUCUAAAGGUGCUGAUAAGCAAAGGCUGGGCUUUGCGGCGGCUAUUAACGGUCACGUGGGUGGCUCUUGGGAUAGGUUUGGUGUAUUACGGGAUACCGUUAGGUGUGGGCGAAAUGCCGUUAAAUCUCUACCUUAGUACAACGUUAAACGCCGUGUCCGAGCUACCCGCGUCGUUAGUGACGUUACUACUAAUAGACAAGUUGAAACGGCGGGGCUGGGUGGCAGGGCUAGGGGUCGUGAGCGGGGUGUGCAACCUCGGGUGCGUUGUAUUUGUGGGGGAGGAGUUAAAGGCGGUGCAGAUCGGGCUGGAAAUCGUGGCGUUCUUCACGGCCUGCACGGCGUUCAAUAUUCUGCUGAUAUACACGCUGGAGCUGUUCCCGACGUGCGUGAGGAACUCCGCGGUGGCGAUGGCGAGGCAGGCCAUGGUGGUGGGCGGCGCGAUUAGCCCCUUGCUGGUGGCGCUGGGGAGAGAGAACAGGUUUUACUCUUACGGGGUUUUCGGAUUGGCCAGUGUUUUGUGCUGCUUGUUUCUGGUUUCUUUGCCGGAGACAUUGGGCAGGGAUCUCUGUGACACCAUUGACGAAGAGGAGAGCAAGGAAAAUGGAAACAGAGUCUGAACUCUCAACAAACUGUUUAUAUUUUUCUUUGUUAUCGUUUGGGUGUGGCUAUUUUUACUACUUUUCUCCCUUCAAUAAUCUUUGUAACAAAGUACUGUGAAAAAUGAUUUACUAAUAACUACAAGUAAUAUUGUAUGAAUUAGUCCAUAAUGUUCCAAAUUCAACCUCUUGUAAGAGUGCUUUAUUGGUUCAUUUAGUUCGAACCGACCCGUUAUAGAUAACUUAAGUUGAUUUAUCUA